GUUUACACCGUGGACAGGCCCCUUGCCAUUCUGAGGGAGAAUUUAUGUCGUGUGCUUUCAAGAAAUUCUUAAUUUACACGAGAAGAACACGGGAUAUCAACUUAUCCAUUCGGCGCAUGUUUCGGUGUAGGAAUUCGGGAACCGUAUGAAGUGCAUUGGAAGUGCUGCUCUCAUUUCACUUGACCGUGGCCACAGCGCGCGUUUUAAGGGUGUUAGUUGAAAAGCCAAAAUCAUGACAAGUAGACGAAACGGAAAUUGUUCUAUAUUCUGGGUUUGAUGGACCGACAUGACAGUAAAGGAAUGAUAGCCUAACAUUUAACAAAAGGAGGGGCAGAGAGAGAGAACACACAAUGAAGGAGAAAUCCAAAACUGCCGCAAGGACUAGACGGGAAAAGGAGAACAGCGAAUUCUAUGAACUGGCCAAAAUGUUGCCUUUACCCUCGGCUAUCACGUCUCAGCUGGACAAAGCGUCUAUAAUAAGACUGACAACAAGUUAUCUGAAGAUGAGAAUUGUCUUCCCUCAGGGUUUGGGUGAAGCUUGGGGUCACACGAGUCGAACGAGAACUUUGGACAAUGUCGGACGUGAGAUGGGAUCCCAUCUUCUCCAGACAUUGGACGGCUUCAUCUUUGUAGUGGCGCCAGACGGAAAGAUCAUGUACAUAUCUGAGACCGCAUCAGUCCAUUUGGGACUCUCUCAGGUAGAGCUGACCGGGAACAGUAUUUACGAAUAUGUCCACCCCGCCGACCACGACGAAAUGACUGCCGUUCUCACCCCACAUCAGCCGUACCACUCACAUUUCGCCCAAGAAUAUGAGAUGGAGCGCUCUUUCUUCUUGAGGAUGAAAUGUGUGCUGGCAAAGAGAAACGCCGGCCUCACCAGUGGUGGAUAUAAGGUGAUCCACUGCAGCGGUUACCUAAAGAUCCGUCAGUACAGCCUGGACAUGUUGUCUUUCGACGGCUGCUACCAGAACGUGGGCCUGGUGGCAGUGGGACACUCUUUGCCUCCCAGCGCCGUGACAGAGAUCAAGCUGCACAGCAACAUGUUCAUGUUCAGAGCCAGCCUCGACAUGAAGCUAAUCUUCCUCGACUCGAGGGUGGCAGAGCUGACUGGUUACGAGCCCCAGGACCUCAUUGAGAAGACCCUGUACCACCACGUCCACAGCUGUGACACCUUCCACCUGCGUUGUGCCCACCACCUGUUGCUGGUGAAGGGCCAGGUGACCACUAAGUACUACCGUUUCCUAGCCAAACAGGGAGGCUGGGUGUGGGUGCAAAGCUACGCCACCAUUGUCCACAACAGCCGCUCCUCCAGACCCCACUGCAUCGUCAGCGUCAACUACGUUCUUACAGAUACUGAGUAUAAGGGAAUGCAGCUGUCCUUGGACCAGAUGACCCCUAGCAAGCCAGCGUUCCACUACAGCAGCCCUCCGAGUCGUACAGAGGAGAGGAAGGGGACCAAGUCCCGUAUGACACACACCAAGGCCAAAAUCAGAGUGUCUCCCUACCCACAGCAGUUUUCAGCCUUUCACCCCGAGCGUUCCGAGUCCGACCAGGACAGCCAAUGGGGAGGCAGCCCUCUGACAGAAUCUGCCUCCCCUCAGCUGCUGGACCAAGGUGAGGGAGCGGAGGGCGGGGCCUGUGCCUACAGACUCUACCCGGACUCCGGCUCCCUCUGCUAUGGCCUUGCUCUCUCCGAGGAGGACCUCACGCACAGCCACACCCACUCCCACCAUCCUGCCACUGCCUGCGACAGCGGUGCCCACUGCCAGGCUGGCCGUUACUUCCUGGGCGCUGCUCCUCAAUCUGGACGGGAGGCCUGGUGGGACGCAACACGCUCCGUCCUCUCCCUGCCCAAGUCGUCUUUGGAGAAUGGCGAGGGCUACGACCUCACUUCCUACCACAGCGUGGUCCAUGGAAGGGGUCACUGGGACGAAGAGAGCGUGGUCAGCUCACCAGAAGGGGGCGGAGGCUCCACCAGUGACUCGGGCGAGCGUUGCCGCGAUGGCACUGGCAGUGACCAUUUCCGAGCGAGUCCUCAGGAGCCCAGCAAGAUGGAGACUCUGAUCCAUGCCACGCAGCACAUGAUUAAGGAGGAGGAGAGCCGUUUGCAGCUGCGCAAGGGGCCACUGGAUGCCCUGGGCACAGUGGGGGGCCCCUCCAACAACAGCCCCUGCUCCUUCACCCCCUCUACCCUGCCCCUCCCUCAGGCCGCCAUGCCUGGCGUGGUGUGCCGCGGGCCGGGGGUCGCCAACGGCAUCAACCUCACCCUCACCUCCGAGCGCCUCUAUCCCCGCGAUGAUGGCGGCAAGGUUUUGGAUUCCCACGGCAACAUCGACAACAACACAGCCAGUCCUGCGUCUCUGUCGCGCCUCAGCAGCCCGAUUACCGAUGGGAUCCCCAGGUCAGGCCUGUCUGUCUCAAAAGACUACCUGCAGGGUCAGACCGACGUCUCACCCCACCACCACCCUCUAGGGCAGCAGGGGAGCCCACUGCCUUACCAGGCCCAGGAGAUGCAGCCCCUGGACAGGCAUGCUGCCUACGCCCUGACCGGCUACUCCCAGGUGCACCUGUAUGAUGCAGAGAGCCUGAGGAACUACUCGGGGCUGGGCUGCGGAGGGGCUCAGUACGACAUGGUGCCCCACAUGAGGAUGCAGGCCGACCAGAUGCAAGGACACAAGGGCACAUCAGUGAUCAUCACCAAUGGGAGCUGACCAUACAUAACGGACAGAUCCAUCCUAGUGUCUCAAUGAUGGAGUGUGUAUGUGGGACUUAUGAACUGAAUCCUCCUCAUACAGUUCGGUCUUUUCUUUUUGUUUAUUUUUUGCACCUGACAUAGGAUAUUCCCCAUAACACCGGUCUACUCUGUAACACUUCACUGUGCCCUUGAGAGCCCAGACCAAGCAAGCAAAGCUGGUUGCAAUGAUGUCAGGCAGGCAGCUUUUGUUAUGCCUUAGUCAAGUUGUAUACUGAUAAUAAAAGGUCAUUCUUUCAAUGCCUUUUUACCGACCAGAAAACUAUGUCUUGACCUGGUUGUAAUUUGGUUACCUACUGAAAUUGUAACCAAAAUAUGACAUCAUUAAAAAGACAUCGUAACUUGUCAUCUUGUUAUCUGACGUCGACAAACCAGUUUACAACCAGAAACUGACGUAAUUAUGACGUUUCAUUCCAAAUAUUGCCCUCUAGACAAUUGAAUCCCCCCCCCCUGCAUUGAACUGAGAUGCUGCAGAAUGACUAUUCAAGUUUUCAGCUUGGUUAAAGAUAAACCCAUGUUUUAGGCCCAACAUAGUCAUGCACCAGUAAGUAGGUCUACUCUCACAUUUUCUCAUGGUAGUAGACAAUAUGCAAUUCAAUUGCAUUUACCCCCUUGACCUCAACUGAUUUAGUAUUGCUGAACUUUCUCAGAAAAACUUCAAAAUUGUAUUUUUUAAAAUUAAAUGCCAAUGUUUUUCCAUAUUUAUUAAUUGUGUCGAAUAAAAUGAUUUUUAUUUCAUCUCAAUUUUUCUAAGUACAAUGUUUGGUGGCAGGGUUGCUUUAGUUUCAAAGUUUGCAUUAUCUGUGUACCCCUUUUGAAGGAUUAUAUAUUAUUUGCCCAAUUUCCCCUGUUAGGAGAAGUUCUAAAAGGAUACUGUGAGAUUCUGGCAAUGAAGCAGUUUUUCUGCUUACCCCUAGGUGUAUGCUAGUGUAUGCUACUGUACCUGUAGACUUCCAGUCAUUACGCUAGUUAGCAUUGGCUCGAGAAACUACCUCUAACUUCCUUCUUACUGCACGCAGAGGCAUAAAAAUUCAAAGUUCAUCUGACUCUGGGUAAUUCAUAGACAGAAUCUCGCAGUAUUCCUUUAAGGCAUGACAUCAAUGUGUAUCACUUUAAACUUCUGGUGCUUCUUCAUGUGUUUCAAUUGAGAAAAUAAUAUUGUUCUGUUUCACUUUUCGUAUCCCGAAAAUAUGUAAAGUAUCUCGUCUAAUUUUAUUUAUGUAGUAAAUAUGUUCAGAAAUUGCUUUCUUUUUUUUUGGACAACAGGUCAUAAGAGAAUUUAUUAACUGGGGAUAAAACAUAUUUUGAUUCUAAAUACAGGUGCAAUCAAACC